GCCUGGGCAAGCGGGGGCGGGCCCUCUGCAAAAGGACUCCAAGGUGGCGGUGGCGAAGACGCAGGCCGUUGGGGCAGCUCAGAGGCAGGUGACUAUGAAAGGCUUGUAUUUUCAAAAGAGUUCUACAAAUGAAGAAAUAACAUUUGUAUUUCAAGAAAGGGAAAAUGUUCCUGUUGUAGAGGAUAACUAUGUGAAACUUCAAGUUAAAGCUUGUGCUCUGAGCCAGAUAAAUACGAAGCUUCUGGCAGAAAUGAAGAUGGAGAAAGAUUUCUUUCCUGUUGGGAGAGAAAUUGCUGGAAUUGUGUUAGACGUUGGAAGCAAGGUGUCGUUCUUUCAACCAGAUGAUGAAGUCGUCGGAAUUCUGCCCCUGGAUUCUGAAGACCCUGGACUUUGUGAAGUUGUUAGAGUGCACGAGCAUUACUUGGUUCACAAACCAGAAAAAGUUACAUGGACAGAAGCCGCUGGAACCAUUCGGGAUGGAGUACGAGCCUAUACAGCUCUGCAUUAUCUGUCUCAUCUCUCUCCUGGAAAAUCAGUCCUGAUCAUGGAUGGAGCAAGUGCCCUUGGUAUGAUAGCUAUUCAGUUAGCGCACCACAGAGGAGCCAAAGUGAUUUCAACAGCAGGUAGCCUCGAAGACAAGCAGUGCCUUGAAAGACUUAGGCCUUCUCUAGCCCGAGUCAUCGAUGUAUCUAAUGGAAAAGCCCACGUUGCUGAAAGCUGUUUAGAAGAAACAGGUGGCCUGGGAGUUGAUAUUGUCCUAGAUGCUGGAGUGAGAUUAUAUAGUAAAGAUGAUGAACCAGCUGUAAAAUUACAACUACUACCACAUAAACAUGACAUCAUCACACUUCUUGGUGUUGGAGGCCAUUGGGUAACAACAGAAGAAAACCUGCAGUUGGAUCCUCCGGAUAGCCAUUGCCUUUUCCUCAAGGGAGCAACGGUGGCUUUCCUUAAUGAUGAAGUUUGGAAUUUGUCAAAUGUGCAACAGGGAAAAUAUCUUUGUAUCUUAAAAGAUGUGAUGGAGAAGUUAUCAAGCGGAGUUUUUAGGCCUCAGUUGGAUGAACCCAUUCCACUGUAUGAGGCAAAAGUUACCAUGGAAGUUGUUCAGAAAAAUCAAGGAAGAAAAAAGCAAGUUGUUCGAUUUUAAUUUUGUUCUUUCUGAGACCUCAGUUGGAUAAACCCCCUCCAGUACUUGAAGCCAGAGUUUCCCUGGGAAUUGCUCAGAAAAGUCAAGGAAGAAAAAAUCAGAUUGUUCAGUUUUCCUUCUGUGAGUCAAGACGCUCAAAGUUAUUUAAGGUUUUUGAGAAGUAUUUGGAAAAAUUAUUGUACGAAUGGUCAAGACAGUUCGUUAAUUAAUGUCUAAAGGGAAUAUGCUGAAAUUCUCUUGUGCUUGUUUUGAUACAUCUUCCUCUGUUAUAAAAUUCUUUCCAUGAAGAAAAUUGCUUUCAGGAAAAGCUAUGCUACUCUAUUGAUAAAGUUGUUAGUCUUUCGGUAUGUCAAAAUAACGUUAUUACUUUUGUACCAA